AUGCCUUGUGGUGUCCAAAUAACAAGAAAAAGCUACAUCAAUAAUCUCUCAACAAAUGUGGAGUACAUUGCUUCUGUGGAUGCCACUAUUUCUGGUAGUCGUAACGGUUUAACUCCAAUUUUCUUAUGGUAUAGCUUGAGCGCAAAAGGUCAAAUUGGCCUGCAAAAGGAUGUUAAAAGAUGUCUCGACAAUGCUAAAUAUUUGAAAGAUCGUCUUCAGAAAGAAGGGAUAAGUGUCAUGCUGAAUGAGCUUAGCAUCAUAGUUGUACUUGAAAGGCCUCGUGACCAUGAAUUUGUCCGACGUUGGCAACUUUCAUGCGUCAAAGAUAUGGCACAUGUUAUUGUUAUGCCAGGCAUCACACGAGAAAUGCUUGACAAUUUCAUCAGUGAAUUAGUUCAACAAAGAAAACAGUGGUACAAAGAUGGAAAAGCAGAGGCUCCUUGUAUUGGAGAGGAUAUUGGUGCUCAAAAUUGUGCGUGCUCUUAUCAUAAGAUUGACUACAUCUGUCCUUAGAAGACAAACAACACAAGAUCAUCUUCCACUUUAAAAUUGGAGUUUUUGAGAGCUCUCUAAUUUGUUUAUAUGUCUUCCAUAAAGAUGACAUUUUAUUAAUUCUUUAUGAAUUUUGAUUUUGAUUUCCCACAAUGGUACAACCGGACGACAUAAAUGUAACAUUUUUUAAUAAAAAAGUUUGAGCACUCUUUUA